AUGGCUAAAAGAGAAUGGCCUAAGAGGAAGUCUAACUUUUAUGAUAUUGUUGCUUUCUCAGCUCAAAAACUAUCAAUUUAUCAACUUCUUGAACCAAAUUCAUUUCAACCUACUGUAACAUACGUUCCUAUCCUUAAGAAGGAAAUUAGAGCUCAUGUUUAUGAUUCUAUGAUUAAAUUUCAAUGGCCAGAUGGAUCCGAAAGGCGUGUUCAUAUUGAUCCUGCAACAUUUACAGACUAUACAGCAAGUUUACAGAAGGCAGCAGACCUGUUCAAAUUGAGAGAACUAUGGUUGAGAUCUGGCAGCAGAAAAACUCUGGGUGUUAUAGCUGAAAAAAGAGUCACUAUAUUUAUUGAAACAUCCACUGAAAUGGCUAAAUCAUUCAAUCGAUUAAAGAAAGAUUUAAAGUUACUCUUUGAAGAACAAUUAAUCCAUACACAUGCCUUUAACGUUAUCUGGUGGAUAACAACUCAAGAAUGUCAUGGACGCCUGAAUCUAUUGGAGGGUUUAAAGUUUACAAUAGAAUUGCAUUUAUUAGAUACUUCUGGCAUGUACUUAAUAGCUUGUUCCAAGCCAGAUCAACCGAUUGAAUUAGUUAUGUCAUACCUUCAGCAACGUUUACUAUUUCAAACGUUACCGCUACAUUGCAUCUAUUAUGAUAUUAGCCAGGAGACAGAAUCGAUUAUCGGCAAUAUCAGUAAAAUUUCUAUGGCAGAUAAAGUUUUAUGCAAUUUAGCCCAUGCUACAACAGGCAGAUUUCAUGUCUAUAGGAGAGAUCAAGAUGUCGUGGAAGGAGAUGAUGUGGAAAUAAUUAGAAAAGAAAUAGAACAGACCAAUGAUUUUUGCGAAAAGGCUGGUUUUCGAAGUUCAGCAAUAAAUUAUACUGAAGUCAAUGAAAAAUCAAAGACAAACACCUUACCUAAACGAAUAAAAAGUGCGCCUUCUAAAAUAUCGUCAAGUAAAACUCCAUCUACUAGUAAGAAUACAUCCAGCAAAGCAAAACGUCAGAAUCAAACGGCUAAAGUAAAGCCAUGGAAGCCAUCUGGUCCAUCGGACCCUGCAUACCAGAAUUAUCCUGAAUGGUUUUCCGGUAAAAAAACUAAAAAGGCUCAGUUGCAGCCCUUUUAUAUUGGGAGCCAGAAAGAUAAAAAAGAUAUCGGCUAUGUCUAUGUUAAGUAUCCAGAUACACAUAAAGAAGGAAAAAAUUUCGCUUGUAAUAUACCCAAUGAAGAAGAAUCAUUAAGCUCAAAAGAGUGGUUAAAGAAAUACAGUUUGUCAAAAUUGUAUCUCGAUUUCGAUAAAUGGGUUAUUAAAAGGAAAACAAAAUCAUCGAAUGCCGCUAAAGUUAGCCAGGAUCAAUGUACUGUUUCUCUUACAUUAGUGGAACUAAAGAAUUAUCAAGCAAUAAUCGCAAAGGUAUUUAAGCGAUACCUUACCAGACUAAAUUGGCUACUUACAGGUAGUCGUAGGGUUUUUGGAGUCAUUAUGGAAAAAAAUAUGACCAUUCUACUUGAUGCUUCUGGAUCGAUGGAAUCGUAUUUUAAGCAGCUAAAGCAGGCAUUAAUGAUGCUAAUCUGGGAACAAAUGAUGCAUCGAAAAUGCUUUAAUAUCGUCCAGUUUUCGAACGAGAUCAAUUCUUGGAAAUCUAGAAUAACCACGGCUGACGAUAACACAUGUAUGAAUGCUUGUAAUUGGAUCUCAAAAUUGAACGCUAUCGGUAAUACAAAUAUAUUGGACGCCUUAGAGUAUACGUUUAAACAAGAUCAAAUAGAAGCUAUAUAUAUAAUAAGCGAUGGCAUGACUGAUAAGCCUUCAAAUAUGAUCCUACGUAAAGUGAAGGAGUGGAGAAGCCAAAAGCCUGUCGCGAUUCAUACGAUCGCAUACUGUUGUGAAAAAAGAUCUGCAACUGAGUUCUUACGGCAAUUAGCUCAUCAAAAUAAUGGAAGGUAUCAUGAAUAUAAUCCUAAUAUGAAGAACAACUUAGAAAUUGUUAAUCAGCUUGCGGAUAAUAAUUACAACAUCAAUGAGAAUGAAAUAAUAUCUACCUACCCAAGUGACGAUGCUAAAAAACUGCUGCGUGAAAUAAUGCUAGCGAAAGAAUUUCACUUGCAAGCUUCUACACACAUGAAACUUCGAUCACCCAACAAAAGCUAG